AAUGGAGGCCGCUGGGGCGGAGACAGGCUGGGAGCGGAAGGCGGCCAGAGAGGCGAGAGUUAGGGACAGGGUCGGGGGCGGGACGCGGACUGGACUCCAUUUCCCAGUGGCUCUAUGUGUGCAGAGUGUGCGCAGAGUCCCGGCGUUGGGCGGAAGAUGGCGGCGGCGGCGGCGUCUGCGAAGAAGCUCUGCUGAGGGGGCGCGAGGGGCACGGAGGCUGGAGCCGCGAGAACACCUGAGGGCAACCAUGGCAAGCGGCAGCGGGGACAGUGUCACUCGCCGGAGUGUGGCGUCACAGUUUUUCACACAAGAGGAGGGGCCGGGCAUCGAUGGCAUGACCACCUCAGAGAGGGUGGUGGAUCUCCUCAACCAGGCAGCACUGAUCACCAGUGACUCAAAGAUCACAGUGCUCAAACAGGUCCAGGAACUGAUCAUCAAUAAAGACCCCACACUACUGGACAACUUCCUGGAUGAAAUCAUCGCUUUCCAAGCAGACAAGUCAAUCGAAGUGCGAAAAUUUGUCAUUGGCUUCAUUGAGGAGGCAUGCAAGCGAGACAUUGAGUUACUGCUGAAACUGAUUGCAAACCUCAACAUGCUUCUGAGGGACGAGAACGUGAAUGUAGUGAAGAAGGCCAUCCUCACCAUGACCCAGCUCUACAAGGUGGCCCUGCAGUGGAUGGUAAAGUCACGGGUCAUCAGCGAUCUCCAAGAGGCCUGCUGGGACAUGGUGUCUGCCAUGGCUGGGGACAUCAUCCUACUGUUGGACUCUGACAAUGAUGGCAUCCGCACCCAUGCCAUCAAGUUUGUGGAGGGCCUCAUUGUCACACUGUCACCCCGCAUGGCUGACUCAGAGGUUCCACGACGCCAGGAACAUGACGUCAGCCUGGACCGCAUCCCUCGUGACCACCCCUAUAUCCAGUACAAUGUGCUGUGGGAAGAAGGCAAGGCAGCCUUGGAGCAGCUGCUCAAGUUCAUGGUUCACCCCGCCAUCUCCUCCAUUAAUCUGACCACAGCCCUGGGCUCCCUUGCCAAUAUCGCCCGCCAGAGACCCAUGUUCAUGUCGGAGGUGAUCCAGGCCUAUGAAACCCUGCAUGCCAACCUGCCCCCAACACUGGCCAAAUCUCAGGUGAGCAGCGUGCGCAAGAACCUCAAGUUGCACCUGUUGAGUGUGCUCAAGCACCCGGCCUCCUUGGAGUUCCAGGCCCAGAUCACCACCCUGCUGGUGGACCUGGGCACACCGCAGGCUGAGAUCGCCCGCAAUAUGCCCAGCAGCAAGGAUGGCCGCAAGAGGCCCCGAGAUGAUUCGGACUCCGCACUUAAGAAGAUGAAGCUAGAGCCCAACCUAGGUGAAGACGAUGAGGACAAGGAUUUGGAUCCUGGCCCCUCGGGGACCUCAAAGGCUUCGGCCCAGAUUUCAGGCCAGUCAGACACAGACAUCACGGCUGAGUUCCUGCAGCCUCUGCUGACACCCGACAAUGUGGCCAACCUGGUCCUCAUCAGCAUGGUGUAUCUGCCUGAGACCAUGCCUGCCUCCUUCCAAGCCAUCUACACCCCCGUGGAGUCAGCAGGCACCGAAGCCCAGAUCAAGCACCUGGCUCGGCUGAUGGCCACCCAGAUGACGGCGGCAGGACUGGGUCCAGGCGUGGAGCAGACCAAACAGUGUAAGGAGGAGCCCAAGGAGGAGAAGGUGGUGAAGCCAGAGAGCGUCCUGAUCAAGCGGCGCCUGUCCGCUCAGGGCCAAGCCAUCUCAGUGGUGGGCUCGCUGAGCUCCAUGUCCCCCCUGGAGGAGGAGGUGCCCCAGGCCAAGAGGAGGCCAGAGCCCAUCAUCCCUGUCACACAGCCCCGGCUGGCAGGUGCUGGUGGGCGCAAGAAGAUUUUCCGUCUGAGUGAGGUGCUGAAGCCCCUGACGGACGUUGAGGUGGAGGCCAUGAAGCUGGGUGCCGUGAAGCGGAUCCUGAAGGCUGAGAAAGCUGUGGCCUGCAGCGGGGCGGCCCAGGUGCGCAUCAAGAUCCUGGCCAGCUUGGUGACACAGUUUCACUCAGGCCUCAAGGCCGAGGUCCUGUCCUUCAUCCUGGAGGAUGUGCGGGCCCGCCUGGACCUGGCCUUCGCCUGGCUCUACCAGGAGUACAGUGCCUACCUAGCAGCCGGAUCCUCCGGCUUCCUGGACAAGUACGAGGACUGCCUCAUCCGCCUGCUGUCUGGCCUGCAGGAGAAACCAGACCAGAAGGAUGGGAUCUUCACAAAGGUCGUGCUGGAGGCGCCGCUCAUCACCGAGAGUGCCCUGGAGGUGAUUCGCAAGUACUGCGAGGACGAGAGCCGCACCUACCUAGGCAUGUCCACACUCCGAGACCUGAUCUUCAAGCGUCCGUCCCGCCAGUUCCAGUACCUGCAUGUGCUCCUAGACCUCAGUUCCCAUGAGAAGGACAAGGUGAUCCCGCACCAUGCGCUGGGCCACAUUCAGCAGUUCAGAAAGGCCUUCGUGCGUUCCCAGGCCCUGCUGUUCAUCAAGCGCAUGUAUGAGAAGGAGCAACUGCGCGAGUAUGUGGAGAAAUUUGCCCUCAACUACCUGCAGCUCUUGGUGCACCCCAACCCACCGUCUGUGCUUUUCGGGGCCGACAAGGACACAGAGGUGGCAGCACCCUGGACUGAGGAGACGGUGAAGCAGUGUCUGUACCUCUACCUGGCCCUCCUGCCUCAGAACCACAAGCUGAUCCACGAGCUGGCAGCCGUGUACACCGAAGCCAUUGCUGACAUCAAACGAACAGUGCUGAGGGUCAUCGAGCAGCCGAUCCGAGGGAUGGGCAUGAACUCGCCAGAGCUGCUCCUGCUGGUGGAAAACUGCCCCAAGGGGGCGGAGACACUGGUCACCCGAUGUCUGCACAGCCUCACAGAUAAAGUCCCUCCCUCCCCGGAGCUGGUGAAACGGGUCCGAGACCUCUAUCACAAGCGGCUACCCGAUGUCCGCUUCCUCAUCCCCGUGCUCAAUGGGUUGGAGAAGAAGGAAGUGAUCCAGGCCCUGCCUAAACUCAUCAAGCUCAACCCCAUCGUGGUGAAGGAGGUCUUCAACCGCCUGCUGGGCACACAGCAUGGUGAAGGGAACUCAGCUUUGUCCCCCUUGAACCCCGGAGAGCUCCUGAUCGCAUUACACAACAUCGACUCAGUGAAGUGUGAUAUGAAAUCCAUCAUCAAAGCCACCAACCUGUGCUUCGCGGAGCGGAACGUGUACACGUCAGAGGUGCUCGCCGUGGUGAUGCAGCAGCUGAUGGAGCAGAGCCCCCUGCCCAUGCUGCUCAUGAGGACCGUCAUACAGUCCCUGACCAUGUACCCCCGCCUGGGGGGCUUCGUCAUGAACAUCCUGUCCCGCCUCAUCAUGAAGCAGGUGUGGAAGUACCCCAAGGUGUGGGAGGGCUUCAUCAAGUGCUGCCAGCGCACCAAGCCCCAGAGCUUCCAGGUCAUCCUGCAGCUGCCACCCCAGCAGCUGGGAGCCGUCUUUGACAAGUGCCCCGAGCUCCGGGAGCCCCUGCUGGCUCACGUGCGCUCCUUCACCCCCCACCAGCAAGCACACAUUCCCAACUCCAUCAUGACCAUCUUGGAGGCCAGCGGCAAGCAGGAGCCAGAGGCCAAGGAGGCACCUGCCAGCGCCCUGGAAGAGGACGAUCUGGAGCCCCUGGCUCUGGCCCCGGCCCCAGCCCCCCGACCCACUCAGGACCUCAUCGGCCUUCGGCUGGCCCAGGAGAAAGCCCUAAAGCGGCAGCUGGAGGAGGAACAGAAGCUGAAGCCGGGGGGUGUGGCAGCCCCUGCCUCCGCCUCCGCCCGGCCCGGGCCUCCCCCUCCCGAGGAGACCAUGGAUUUCCGGGAGGAGGGGCCCGAGUGCGAAACCCCGGCCAUCUUCAUCAGCAUGGAUGAGGACUCGAGUCUCACGGAGGCUGCUCUCCUGGACUCUAGUCUCGAGGGGCCGCUACCCAAGGAGGCAGCAGCGGGCGGGCUGACCUCAAAGGAGGAACGGAGCCCACAGACCCUGGCCCCUGCGGGGGAAGAGGCUGCUGUGAAGACGCCCAGCCCAGCGGCCGAGGAAGCAGGGGACCCCGAGACCAAGGGGAACAGCUGACAGCCUGGGAGAGGACAGGAGAGGACGGCAGGGGAGGGAGGCGCUGGCUCCGGGGCUUUGCCUUAAAAGUAAAUAAAGGCGAUAGCGCUCUGG